AUGGUUUUUAAAUCCUUCACCGCCUUUCUCCUUCUGUUCUGGUGCGCCAACCUCGUCUUCACACUGGAUGUGAUGACUUCUACAAGAAACGACCGUAUCUCUGACCUUGAAAUGUCCUCUAGUGACCUGUCCUGCGAAAGAGCCAACGAGGACGCCCGUCGCAAACUGCGAAUUCUCUGUCUCGGCGCCUCUAUCACCUGGGGCCAGAACUCUGCUUCGGGAAAUGGUUACCGCAAGCCGUUGCGUGAUCGGCUUCAGAGGCAAGGCAAUGAAAUCGAUAUGGUUGGAACGAAGAAGUAUGGCAACAUGAAGGACAACAACGUCGAGGCCACUCCCGGCGAGACAAUUGACCAAGUGAAAGUAGCAGCGGAAAGAUCCCUGCACUUCAAGCCGAACAUCGUCUUGAUCAACGCCGGAACGAAUGACUGUGCAAAGAACAUCGAUAUAAUCAACGCUGGACGACGCAUGCGCUCUCUUAUUGAGAAUAUUGUACACGCUAAAGGAAUGAGUAAGACGGUCAUCGUCCUGUCCACGCUCCUCUUUUCCAAAAAUGACGUAAUCGAGAAAAACCGCAUCGAAGUCAACCGACAAUACCGUGAGCUAGUCCCUGCCCUGAAGAAAGAAGGUGUCUCGAUCUACCUCGCCGACAUGGAUCCCCCAAAGCCUUCCCCAGGAAACGGUUGGAUUAAGUAUCCCGACGACUACAAGAAGGGAAAUAACCACCCUGAUCCUACGCACCCCAACGAUGCCGGAUACGAGAAAAUGGCGGAGAUAUGGUUCAAAGCCGUCGAAAUAGCGGCGAUGGAGCAAAAGAUUCCCGAUGUAGGACCAUGA